UGAUUUCAAUAAACUGUCGUAAUGUUCUUUUAGUAUUGAAGGCUUGACAAGUGAAUUGACAAGUCAGUGGAUUAAGGCAGCUAGCGAGAUGCGUAGCUGGGAUGAUGUUCAUAGAGCUGAUAAUUUAAGCUGAAAUCGGAUGCGUAAAUAUGCAGUUAUUCAUUUUUUUGUAUCGAGCGACUUUCAUCCGGCGAAUUAGUGCUACGAGGGUGUUUUUUUUUACUUGCAGCGGGCUUGUAGCUUUGACCAGGAAAGAAUUUUAAGAGUCGAUUUCUGCGCUUAGAGAACAAUUUAUAAUUAACUGCAAACAUACUUGGUAGUUAUUUCAAGCCUUUAAUCAAUUUUAUAAGUAGGACUAAUAUUUUUUUGACUGAACUAUUAUUCCUUUUUAAAUUUUCCUGCCUCCUCCCUCUGAGCAAUUGAUUCAAACUCUUAAUUUUUAAUCAGUAUAAUUUUUGGAAUAUAAUUUUGUAAAUGAGGUACAUGCCUUUCUUUUUAUAUACAGGAAAGGCAUAAUCUUUCUGUUUUUAGCAAUAAGAGACCUCAAAUGUUUUCCCCCUUCUAAUGCACUUUAGAUGUGUCUCUGUAGGAUUUGAUAAGUUAAGAAACCUUCUCAAAAUCAAGCUCAAUUAAUUAUCAAACUUCAACGAAUUUUUACAAUUAAUGUUAAAAAUUUAAGUUAUGUUUUCAUUGCUUUAUGUAUUAGAUACGUAAAAUUUAGGGUUAGUUAUGUAGGCGUCAACUGUUAAAUUAUGUCAAUUUUAAAUCAAGUACUUAACAAUUUCGCUUAACUACAUUUCUGCCUGUACUUCAAGUUACUUUUAUGACUCUUAGAUUUAGAGUUUUAGGGUUUGGGUAUUCUCGUUUAUGUGCACAGACGCACAUAUUUUUCAAAUAUUUAUGUUUAGUAGUCUUCUCUGUUCUGCGCAAAAUUUCGCUUUAACACUUCAUAUCAAUUCAUUAGUUCAAAAGGUGGUUGCUGAGAUUGGAUCCCUUUGAUACUAAAUCAACACUACACUAACCUCUGUUUAGUUUUGACUUAUGUGUGGUUGGAGAUCAAUAAGUAACAUGGAGAGACAGAUCAUCCAAGAAUUCAUCGAAAUCUACAGAAGCGAACCUUCAUUGUGGAAGGUCCGUUCUUGCCACUACAACAAUAAAACCAUCAAGAACAUCGCGUAUAGGAGAAUGGUGGCCAAACUGAGAGAACUUUAUCCAAAUGCAGACGUAGAAAUGGUAAAGAAGAAAAUAAAUGCAUUGAGGACCAAUUACAGAAAGGAAGUACGAAAAGUAGAGGCGUCCAGGGAAAGAAGCCGUCAGACGGGGGAACCAGUCUAUGUGCCCUCUUUGUGGUACUACGAACUUUUCCAUUUCAUCGGUGAUCAGGAGAAUGAGCCGGAUGUCCAAGAGCUUCUCCAGGUGGAUUGGGACGAAAAUGUCCCGUACGAAGGUGGAGAGAGUGAAGAAGAAGCGUACGAAGAAGAGUUUCAGAUUUCCAGUCCAGAAAGUACAAAGAACUCAGAGCAUAACUUACAAAUGGUAAGUGCAGAAAGUCAGUCUUCUUUUCCACCGAUUCAAGAUUCAAACAGCCGUAAAAGAAAAUAUGAAUCAUUUAAUGUUCCAAGCAAUCAUCAUCAUUUUAAAUCCGAAGUACCCCCUAAGCCAGACAGUCAGGAAAUUUUUGGACAAUACAUUGCUUCUAAACUACGAACCAUGGAAAGUUCUAUGCAGAUGUUCUCAGAGAGAUUAAUUUCAGAAAUUUUAUUUCGUGGACAGAUGGGAUUGUUGAAUAAAAACACUUGUAUACAUGAAAAUGAUAUUUUAGUAACAUCAAUCUCAAAGAGUGAAUAGAACAGUUCUGAAACUUCUUAUCCUUAAAGACAUAUGCUUAAAUUUCCUCAUAGUGAAAAUUUUGUGAUAUAUCUCAUUCAAGUUUUAUUGUUGUAAGAUGUUUUCAUAAUAAUAGCAACAAUAAAUUAUUUUCUUUGUUAAUAUUUAAAGAAAAAUAAACAUUUGUUGAAAAAAUUA